GAUGUGUCAUGCAAUAUGUAGAUACAGUAGAGAAUUAGAACUGCAGUGCAAUGCACCAAUAUGUCCAAUUAGGCGUGAACUCCUGUCCCGAUAUCGUCCACUGUGUUCGGAAAGAUCUUAAUCCAUUCUCAGUUGUGGGCCAUGUCUGGAAUGAUCCUGUAUUAGGCUACCUACUUCAUGUGCAUGUGUUGUGCCAGAACAGACCGAACAUGUGGACUAGACAUAGCACCUGUAUGUUCUGGAGUAAUUUGGGACACAGUCAUGACAUCACAACAGAGUAAAACGAAACCACCUGGUGCACUGUUUCAUUCCCCGACUUGAAGUGUGUGCUCAUAUGCUUCCAUGAGCUGGAUCAUGAGCUUCACGGUUGCAGCUGUGUGCUUUGGAACGCUGUUCUUGGAGGGUAAGUGUGUUGUGUUUUCUUCUCUCCGCCUUCUUGUGUUUAUUGUGAGACGGCUAUAUUUUUGCUCCGACAAGAUCAUUGAGACACCGAUGUUCAGUUUCAUGUCAAUAGGGGUGAAUACUUGCGCAGUCACAAUUUUUACAGGUUUUUUUUGUAACUCAUUUUGCAAUCUAUAUUGAGUUUUUCUUCACAGUUCAAUAUUAUGGAGGUUCAUGACAUCAUCCCGGUUGUGACCAUUUCAAUUCUGGGUUGUUACGCAAAGUUCAAAGGAGGGUGAAUACUUAUGCAAUUUUGUUGGACAACCCUGACUGAGGAAUUAAGAUGAUGAUCAUGUGUGUAAUCUUGUGUGUUUGUAUGUGUGGGGUUUUUUUUUUUGUGUGUGUGUGUGUUCGUCCAGUGGCUCAUGCAGCCCAAGGUCACUUUGCACAUCAACUACUCAAUGACCUUAUGGAGAAUUAUUCAAAUGCUCUGCGGCCAGUAGAAGACACAGAUAAAACGCUCAAUGUCACACUCCAGGUCACAUUGUCUCAGAUUAAAGACAUGGAUGAGCGUAACCAAGUUCUUAUAGCGUACCUGUGGAUAAGGCAGACAUGGUAUGAUGCCUAUCUGAAGUGGGAUAAAGAUGAGUACGAUGGCCUCGAGGUCAUCCGCAUCCCCAGCAGCCUGGUGUGGAGACCCGACGUCGUGCUUUACAACAAAGCUGAUGAAGAUUUACCUGGCCCAGUAGACACUAACGUUGUGCUCCGGUACACUGGUGAGAUCACAUGGGAUGCUCCAGCCAUCACUAAAAGCUCAUGUGUGGUAGAUGUGUCCUACUUCCCUUUCGACAGCCAGCAGUGUAAUCUCACCUUUGGCUCUUGGACUUAUAAUGGCAAUCAGGUGGACAUCACCAUGGCGAUGGCGAGCGGUGACCUCUCAGAUCUGGUGGAGAAUGUGGAGUGGGAGUGUGAUGGCAUGCCUGCCACCAAGAACGUGAUCAUGUACGGUUGCUGCUCGGACCCGUACCCAGACAUCACAUACACACUGCUGCUACGCAGACGCUCCUCCUUCUAUAUCUUCAACCUGCUCCUGCCCUGCUUUCUCAUCUCCUUCCUGGCGCCACUUGGCUUCUUCUUGCCCGCGGACUCGGGUGAGAAGGUUUCGCUGGGUGUCACGGUGCUGUUGGCGCUCACUGUCUUCCAGCUGGUGGUGGCUGAGAGCAUGCCACCCUCCGAGAGCGUGCCACUCAUUGGUAAAUACUACAUUGCAACAAUGACCAUGAUCACGGCCUCCACCUCUCUCACCAUCUUCAUCAUGAACAUCCACUUCUGUGGUGCUGAAGCCAAACCGGUUCCUCGCUGGGCCAAAGUGCUCAUAAUUGGCUACAUGAGCAGGAUCUUCUUUGUCUACGAAGUUGGAGAGAGCUGCACCUCACCGCGAGUGCAGAAUAAAGAUGCAGACAAAUGCCAGACACAGAACCCUCAAAGGAAACCAACCAGGCAGAACCCAAAACCAACCAGGAACCCUUCAGGUCUCCCGUGCUGUCCUGAUGAUGAAAAACUACUUCCCCCAAAUGUGACUUUUGACCCCUGUAUGUUUUGUGGGCCGCAUAGUGGUGGUUUUGGGGGAGACCCGAAGCUCAUCAAGAACGUCGAGUACAUUGCCAACUGCUUCCGGGAGCAGAAGUUGACUUCUCUGAAAGUGGCUGAAUGGAAGAAGGUGGCCAAGGUGAUGGACAGGUUCUUCAUGUGGAUCUUCUUUGCCAUGGUCUUCCUCAUGAGCAUCCUCAUCAUCUGCAAGUCGUCAUGACCCCAUCAAGGUAUAUACCCAGAAUAACGCUUGCUUGAAUGGACGUACACGUGCACAUAUCCUGUACAUACCCGACUAUAAGGGGUGUGUCUGCUGGUGAGUCUGAAACCGGGUGGCGUGUGUGUUCUCAUGUUCCUCUUUCAUUCCUGUGGUCAUUAUUUGUGUCUUGAAAUGAAAAUAGUGGAUUGUUAAUGAUGAACCAUUGUGCUGUGAGAAACACUGUGACUGAGAACUCCAGAAAAGAAGGAUGUCACAUUCC